AUGGUCGGUCAGUUGACGAAUGAAAGCUGUGGGAGUAAGUACACGCUGCUUGUGAUCGUCGAGAGUCCAAUCCGUCCACUCUCUUUGGAGCUUCGUUCGCGGUUGCUGAACGAAAAUCGAUCCGACUUCUACGAAACAGUGGGUAACGGAAAAAAGAAACGUCAGAUCUUUUCGAUCACCGGAUCGCAGUGUCGCGUAAUCGGUGACGUGAGAAGGGAUCGAAUCGUCGCAGCGAGGAAGAAGAAGAAGAACUUCGCUUCGGUGUGCGCGGUGCGAUAGCAUGACCGCUGGACAUGACCGCCCGAUACUCAUUGCUAGGGUCGCGGUGGCCGCAUAUCGUUUGAAAAAAAGGUGUUGAGAGGGAGGAUCGUCCGUUCGAACUUAACUGCGAGAUCGAAGGUUCGCGGGAAGACGUGUCCGAGAGAAGAGAACAAUGAUCGACCCAAGCUCAUCGGAGGCGGAAAGCGACGAGGACCAGAGUCCUCAGCAUGCUGCCGGCGGCAGCGGGAGCGUCAGCGGCGGUAAGGGAGGAAGCGGAAGUUCGUACGGACCACGGCGACAGAUCGGUCCCGGAGGAAACCUCGGCGGCGCGAGCGGUUCCGUGUCGGGAAGCGUGAGCUCGUUGGCCUCUCCGGGCGGAUCGAGCCACGGACCUUUCGGAACCCCUCGAGCCACCCGGGAGCCCGGUCUGGACGCCGCGCAUACCGGCACCUCCGCCGCGAGGAACUCGUUGUCGCCGUCGAUGUCGGCUGCUCACGACGCGGCCAAUUACGCUCAGAGACCCACGAGUCCAUCGCCCUCGGUCGCCAGCGAGAAGACCGAAGCGGAUCUCCAGCAGGACAAACAGGAGCGCGAGGAAGAAGAGAGGAAGACGAGGAUACAGUUGUACGUGUUCGUGUCGAGAUGCAUCGCGUACCCCUUCAACGCCAAGCAACCACUGGACAUGACGAAACGAUUUCCAAAAGUAACGAAGCAACAGUUCGAAACGAUAUGUUCUCGUUUUCAGAGCUUUCUGAAGGGAGAUAUUCAGAUACAGGCGGACGAAGCAUUUCGCAACGCGAUUAAAAAUUAUCACGAUGUAUUUCUGUCAUCGGAUCGGGUGAUACAGAUGGUACAAGGCGGUGCCUGUUCCCAGAACGACUUCAAGGAAGUCUUCAAGGAGAAUAUAAAGAUACGCGUGCUACGGUUCCCGGAGAUCGACGGACUGAGCAAAGAUACCGUGCUCCAGUCCUGGCUGGCCAAGUUCGACGCGAUCAUGAAAGGCACGGGAGACGAGGAGACGAAGAGGCCACCGAGGAAGCAGGAGCAGACUCUGAUGUCGGAGAACGUGCUGUCCAAGGAGCAGCUCUACGACAUAUUCCAACAGAUCCUCGGGAUAAAAAAGUUUGAGCACCAGCUUCUGUUCAACGCCCUCCUGUUGGACUCAGCCGACGAACAGGCUGCCGCCAUCAGGAGGGAGCUGGACGGUCGUCUUCAAAAGGUCAACGAAAUGGAAAAGAACCGCAAGCUCAUGCCCAGGUUCCUAGUAAAAGAAAUGGAGUCGCUCUACAUCGAGGAACAAAAGUCGUCUAUCAACCUGUUGAUGGCUAAUUUAGAGUCAUUGCCAGUAUCGAAAGGUUCGACAGACAGCAAAUACGGACUGCAGAAGCUGAAGCGCAGCAACCACCGGCGCGAGCGCUCCCGCUGCCGCGGUCAGGGUUCUCUCGCUAAGUUGGAGAGCGACUCCGCUGAUUCGGAACAGCAGCUAACGAAAAUGGACGUGGGCCUCACCUUCCAACUGGCGGUGGUGGUCGUCGAGGUCAGGGGCUUGAAGAGCUUGCCACCGAACAAGAUCGUCUACUGCACGAUGGAGGUCGACGGGUGUAAGAAGCUGCAGACCGACCACGCAGAGGCGUCGAAACCUACGUGGGAGACGCUGGCCGAAUUCACCACCAUGCAACCACUGCCGGUGGUCAAGAUCCGAUUCUACACGGAGAGCUCGGCGAUUCUCUCGCUGGAGGAUAAAGAGCUAGGCAAGGUGCAUCUGCAUCCCACUCCGACCUCUUCCAGACACCCGGAAUGGUACCGAAUGACCGUGACCAAAAACUGGCCCGAUCAGGAUCUACGGAUCAAGGUCGGUUGCCGUAUGGACAAACCGUUCAAUCUGAAGCACUGCGGCUAUCUCUACGCAAUGGGGAAAUCCGUGUGGAAGAAAUGGAAGAAGCGGUAUCACGUAUUGGUACAAGUUUCUCAGUACACGUUUGCGAUGUGCUCGUACAAGGAGAAACGUAGCGAGCCCUCGGAGAUGAUUCAGAUCGACGGGUACACGGUCGACUACAUCGAGCCCAUCUCCGCCAAUCUGAUGGUCGGCAUGGAUCUGGACAGUGGAAAGUUCUUCUUCAACGCUGUCCGCGAAGGGGACAGCAUUGUGUUCGCGGCGGACGACGAGAACGAGUGCCAGACUUGGGUGAUGGUCAUGUAUAGAGCGACCGGGCAGUCGCACAAGCCUACACCGCCGGUUUCCGCUGACAAGAAUUCGCCCGUCAGCAAGAUUCAAGGCGAUGCGGAUCGCGCCAAGAAGCACGGGAUGGAGGAUUACAUCAGCGCGGACCCUUGCAAGUUCGAUCAUCAUAUGCUCUUCAAGUUCUUACAGAACCUGGUCCUCGAUUACAGAUUGAACGACCCGAUCUGCUCCCUGGGUUGGUUCUCGCCCGGUCAACUGUUCCUUCUCGACGAGUACUGCGCCAGAUACGGGGUGCGAGGAUGCUUUCGACAUUUGUGCUACUUGAACGACCUCCUCGACAGAAUCGAUCGAGGAUUCAUGAUCGAUCCGACUUUGAUACACUUUAGUUUCGCGUUCUGCGCCACUCACGUGUACGGUAGUACCGUACGGACGGACAGGGUUGGUUCCAUCACUCACGAGGAGAAAGAGAAGUUUCAGGAUAUCAAAGAGAGACUGAGGCACAUCCUCGAGGAGCAAAUUACGAAUUUCAGGUACAGUUUUCCAUUCGGUCGGCCGGAAGGCGCGUUGAAAGCUACCCUGUCGCUCUUGGAACGGGUAAUGAUGAAGGACGGCGUGACCCCGGUACCUCAGGAGGAAGUGAAAGAGUUGAUCAAAAGUUGUUUGGAGAAGGCAGCCUACGUUAAUUACACGAAACUCUCCGCGGAGGCGAAGAUCGAGGACGAUUUCAACGGGGAGGUUUGCGUCCCGCCUAGCAAGAAGCUCGAGGAUCUGAUACAUCUUUCGGAAAUGUGCGUCGACUUGCUUCAACAAAACGGGGAGCACUAUUCGAAGGUUGUACCGCAGGCGUUCGCCUGGUUCAGCGACCUCAUGGUGGAGCACGCGGAGAUCUUCUGGUCUCUCUUCGCCGUCGACAUGGACAAAGUCCUUGCUGAACAGCCGCCAGACACCUGGGACAGCUUCCCGCUCUUUAAGAUUAUGAACGAUUAUCUCAGGGAUGACGACAACUUGAAGAACGGAAGGUUCCAUCAGCAUCUUCGGGACACCUUCUCUCCCAUGGUGGUGCGAUACGUGGACCUGAUGGAGACUUCGAUCGGGCAAUCGAUCACUAAGGGAUUCGAGAAGGAGCGCUGGGAGAUAAAGGGAAACGGCUGUGCCACGUCCGGUGAACUGUUUUGGAAGCUGGACGCUCUGCAGUCGUUCAUCCGGGACUUGCAUUGGCCGGAUCAGGACUUUCGACAGCACUUGGAGCAGAGGUUGACGUUGAUGGCAUGUGACAUGAUCGAUACUUGCAUCCAACGAACGGACUCGGCGUUCCAAACGUGGCUGAAGAAGGGGGUGACGUUCAAUCCCACGGAUUACAUCAUACCGUCGGAGAUGUGCGUAAUGGUGAACGUCAUUCUAGACGCUAAGAAUCAGAGCUUUAAACUCUGCACCAUCGACGACGUCGACGUGCAUCAAUAUCACUCGAAAAUCGACGACCUGAUCGAGAGAACGUCCGUCUCCAUGACUCAAGGAAUGAUCAAGAAGUUGAUCACCGUCUUGGAAGCGAUCCUGUCCAAGUUGUCUCGUUACGACGAGGGAUUCAUUGCUUCGAUCCUUACGUUCACGAAGGUAUCGGGAAACGGGAAGGAAAUGGGUCAAGCCUACGUCAGUUUCACGAGGAACUGCAUGGAUCAGAUCCGUGGGAAAGUGAUGGACGAACUGUGGAUCUUAACGUUCUUCGAGCAAUGGUACACGGAGCAGAUCAAAGUACUGUGCACGUGGCUGUCGGAGAGGCUCGAUCACAAUCUCCAUCUGUAUCAAUGUACCUGUUUGGCCCACAUCGUGAAGAAAAUUUACUCGGACUUCGAGCUGCAGGGAGUCAUAGACGAGAAACUGAACUCGACGACAUAUCAGACUAUAUUUAAGAGGAUGCAAACGGAAGAAGCGACUUGUGCCUUAACGAGCAUGCAAAACGAAGAGGGUUUCUCCGAAAAUGGCAACGACGAUGAGGUAGAAAGGCCAAAAGCGAAGGCAACGGUCGUUGAAACUGUCAACAACGAAGACGCGAAUCUCAUCAGCAACGUUACAUCGAACGUUGUUGAAAAAGUUGGAAGCAUGUUUGGCGGUUUCUCUACAAAGUUUGGUGGGCCCAGCUGGUUCUAAUGACUCUUCCUUAUUAUUUCACUUUGAUCCCGUAUUUUUUUCUCCCUACCUCCUUUUAUCAUUCUUUAUUUGAUUAGCUAUUUAUUUGUACUUCGUCGUCGUCGUCGUCGUCGUCAUCGUCGUCGUCGUCGUCGUCGUCCUCAUCGUCGUCAUCGUCAUCGUUCGUACGGUACAGUCGAGUAUCUUUAUAUUACCGUUGUCCCUCAUACCUUUUGAUCAACGAUGAGAUUGAUCUUGCGUUUGCACACGGAACGAGAUGGUCCAUCGUACGCUUUAGAGAUUUUCCUUACAAUUAGGAUUCUUCGAGGAAGAAUCGUUGUUCGAUCGAGAAUGACAAAUAAGCCUUAUCUUUUCCGUUUCGAGACUCGAUUACGUUCGGCCGUUCGUCUGUGAAGCCAUCACGCGUUUACGUAUCCUCGUUUCCGAGUAACGAUCUCAACGAAUAACUAUGCAUAUCGUAAGAGCUACACGCUACGCUGCUACACCUACGUAACCGACUACAUAUAAUACACUCGUACACCAUACAUCUUUCUAUUUUCGUCCUAUUCUUUCUUUCGCACAUCAGUUCUUUUACUGUUCUAUUUAUUUCUAUACCAAACGAAAAAAAAAGAACCGCUUCGCGCUUUGAAAGAAACCAAUAUGUACAACCAUGUCUCGACCAAUUAAUAUUCCCGUCAAUCGUUUUGAUGAUUUCAAAUCAUCGUUAACGUUGCAUCGACCGUCGAAUCGUUUGAACUUCUUGUCUACCUCAAUGUAUCCGCUGAAUAGCGAACGAUCUCACAUUUGCGGAGAAUGUCAGCCUACCUAUUAUCUAACUGUUUACGCCUCGAAUCUUCGAACGAACGGUCAACGAGCGAAUUGAAACGAAAUUGCCAAAAGCAGUCGACAGAUAUUCCCUCGGUAUCUUCCGAUCGACACGUUUCGGGAUGAGAAUGUCUAGACGGAUGCGACACGCUGCAUUCGAUAAAUGUUACUCGGCAGCCCUUUGUUUGUACAUACUUUAGCGGAAAAAAGAAAAAAUAACAAAAAAAAAAACGAAAUGGGAAAAAGAGAAUUUUUAUAUCGUGUAAAUUAGCGCGCAUCGCUUGAAAUGCGUUCGACCGUAUGAAUAGUCAGAAACUCUAUCGUUCGAUUCGACUCGACUGUAAAGAAUUUCUUAGAUCGUUUUCUCGGCAGAAUAUUUCCUUAUAUAUAUGCGUACGCGUCAGACGAUCGAUCAGACGUCGACAGUUUGAAAAGAAAGGAACUCGCGGAAACUAAGUACGUCUUGUUGUUUCGUAUCAAAGAUGCCUCUCGUACUUUCGGUACAUACAAAAUGUACAUAGUACUCGGACUUAUACGGGUACCGGUGCGACUGGAUAGAAUUACAUGUAUGUGAUUUGCAUAUAGCACGUUAUAACACGUAUAUUCUAUGUACUUACGCAUGUAGUUCGGGACCGAUCCGAGAUCGGAGGGGAGGAUCGAGCCGGGAUCGAAGGACGAGAAGGUACGAGGAGCACGAGACGCGGUUGGGAAGCGUUUAAUCGAGGCCUUUGACAAAUACAAAUUAACUUUAUGAUUUAGUCGAGAAACAACGGGUUACUUUAGAAUACGGGAACUCGCGUUCGAAACGAGACGGGACAUUUUUCCAAAGUAAUACGCUACUGUGUAAUCUGUUGGAGAACAAACGUACAACCGAGAGUAGUUGACGUUGUCGAAGCUAAAGAAAAACGUUAAAAAAAUCGUUGUAGAGCGUACUUACAGCCGAUGCUAACGGUACUACAGUUGUGAUGAUUAUCAUCAUUCUUACUAUUGACAAUUCUCCUAUACUCUACGACUCUAAUUAGACUUAUUAGAGAGCGAUCAAGGGAGGGUCUCACUCUCUCUCUCUCUUUUGCUCUGACGAUAGUAAUCUUGCACCAGGUCGCUCGACUACUCUACGAUCUCUUUGUUCAUCCUCGUACUAUUUCUUUCUCUUCUCUCUAUCUCUAUCUCUCUAGUUUCUGUUUACCUCCCAUAGCCACGCACGCGGCGUAUUCGCAUACGCACACGACUACAUAUAUUUAGUACAUAUAGUUGAAAAGAAACACAGGCGCGCGUACGCAACGUGUCGAUACAGAAACAGAAGAUAGUCCCAUGAAUAAGUUGGGGCCUCGUUUUCGUUACUUACUUUCAAGCUCGUUUUACCUAUCAUUCGACAUUGAGAUCUUGCGUUAACUUUAGUUGAGAAGACUAUAACGAAAAAAAAAAAACGAAGGCAGAGAGUCUUUUACUGUGCUAGCUAGUGACUUUAAAUCGAUUAAACUUCUAUGCAAUUGUUGUUCUCUCGUUAAUAAAAUGUCCGACAAGGAUGAAUACCUCACGGUGCAGAAAACGUAUACCCGACACUUUAAUUUCCUUCCGAGGAUAUCGAUGCACGUAUAACGACUACGUCUCAUUCGCAUUAAUACGUUCCCCCAUUCAUUUGUACGUUCAUUUAAUUACGCGUCUACUACGCGCAUUAUCAGAGUGUAUAAUUUACUUUCUACUUUCUACCAUCCCACCAUCUCUUUUACCCGUUUUAUUGGCGGUUUGUACGCGGUUUGUACGCGGUUUGUACAUACAUACAUAGAUACAUACAUACGAAAUCGGGAUUCGACGAAUCAUGACGCGCAACAAGUGUUGAGAACAAUCUCGUACGCAUUUUCUAUAAAACCGAAAUCUUCACGCACGCACGCAGAACACGCAUUUUCACAUAGCAUUGUCAUUGUAUCAUGAGCAAAUACUUUUUUGUAAAUAAACAAUAUACUGAUGUU